UUUACAUCACGCAUCACGCUUUCGUCGCUUUCGUCUUUCGUCAUCGACAACCCAAACAAGCAGGGUCGCAGCAUCGCAUCACCCAGCACCUGUGCAUGUUGUUCGAAGAUUAUCGUGAUCGACGUGAUUGAACGGCGUCAAGGAAGAGAUAGAGGAAAUAGCGACGAAGGAGAUAACCAGGAUUUGUGCGAGCGAACGGCGGCGGGCGACGAACUUAUAGACGCUAUCCCUGAAUCGACUCGUCCCAUUAUCCACGAUCGAAAAGAUGCCUAACAUAAAGUUGCAAAGCUCCGACGGCGAGGUAUUUGAGGUCGACGUCGAGAUUGCCAAGUGCUCGGUCACCAUCAAGACUAUGCUGGAGGAUCUUGGUAUGGACGAAGACGAGGAGGAAGUUGUGCCUUUGCCAAAUGUUAAUUCCGCAAUCCUAAGAAAGGUUAUACAGUGGGCUACGUAUCAUAAGGAUGAUCCGCCACCACCGGAGGACGAUGAGAACAAAGAGAAGCGCACUGACGAUAUCAGCUCUUGGGAUGCUGACUUCUUGAAGGUGGAUCAAGGAACUCUCUUCGAACUGAUUCUGGCAGCUAAUUAUCUCGAUAUCAAAGGACUCUUGGACGUCACGUGCAAAACAGUCGCCAAUAUGAUCAAAGGCAAGACGCCCGACGAGAUUCGUAAGACAUUCAACAUCAAGAAUGACUUCACAACUAUGGAAGAAGAACAAGUGCGCAAGGAGAAUGAAUGGUGCGAGGAGAAAUAGAUGCAAUCGCGAUUUAUUACGCGAAAAUCUCAUAAAUGUUAAAUGAUCCAUUUGCGUUAUUAGAUUUUGAACUUAAUCGGAGCUUCAUUACUUCAAUAAAUUUCUCCAAUAUUUUUUUUUCUUUCCCCAAGGAAGAAUAAAAUUUUAAUUAAUUUGUCAAAAUCAAAUAACAUUUACGAAUAUGUAUCACAUAGAUUCACUGUUAUUUAUUUCAAUUAAAUGAAGAUAGUGUAACAA